UCACCCAUUUUCUCUCUCCAUCAACUCAUUAUCACUUUGCUUCACCAUAACCCGUGUUGUUCUCUACAGUUUACGAAUUCACCCAUGGCCAUUGGGGAGAUCCUUUUGAGUGCCUUCCUUCAAGUCUUGUUCGAGAAGUUGGCUUCUCUGGGAUUGCGCUAUGUGCAAAGGGAAGGAGCGCCACCCUUCUCUGGAAUUAGCAUUGACCUACUCAAUAAGUGGGAGAAGAUGCUUGUUACAAUCAAUGCAGUGCUAGCUGAUGCAGAGGACAAGCAACUAUGCAAUAAAGGUCUAGUGAAGCUAUGGCUAGAUGAUGUUAAGGACUUGGCCUAUGACAUGGAAGACUUGCUUGAUGAGUUCGCUAUGGAAGCCACCCAAGCCAAGUUGAAGGCAGAAUCCAGCACAAGCGGAGGUCUAAUGAAAUGGAAGUUCCCUUUAAUUAGCCAAUAUAAAUCCUCCAUAUCAAAUCCAAACCCGCGCUCACUUGUGUCGGAAGCUGAGGUACAGAAGAUCUCUGACAAGUUGGAAGAAAUUGUCAACAGGAAGGCUCAUCUAAGCUUAAUAGAGAAUGCUAUGAACAGAUUUGACUACACCAACAAAAGGCUCCCCAGCAGUUCUUUGCCAGAGCCUCGAUUUUUUGGCAGGAAAAAGGAAGAAGAAGAAAUAUUUGAACUCUUGACUGGUGAAGCCGAAAAUGUCGAUACCACGUUGAGCAUAGUCCCCAUAGUUGGGAUGGGUGGUAUUGGAAAGACGGCCUUGGCUCAACGAUUGUAUAAUGAUGUCAAAGUGACUAGCUGCUUCGAAAUAAGAGCAUGGGUUUGUGUUUCAGAUGUUUUUAAUGUUCUCGACAUAACCAAGACUAUUUUGCGGUCUAUCACUAAGGUGUCUAAUGAGGGUGAAGAUCUUAACACGCUUCAAGUUAAGUUGAAGGAUAGUCUAUCAGGCAAAAAGUUUCUGGUGGUUUUAGAUGAUGUUUGGAAUGAAAACUACGAAGAAUGGACUACCCUCUUAAAGCCAUUUGGAGCUGGGGCUAAAGGAAGUAAGAUCAUCAUAACGACUCGCAACUAUACUGUUGUUUCCAUAACAGGAGCUUCGUCAUAUCCUUUGAAGGAGUUGUCCCUUGAUAAUUGUACAAGCUUAUUAGCCUUUCAUGCUCUUAAAACGACAAAUUUUGAGAGGCACCCACAUCUUGAAACAAUAGGCAAGAAAAUAGCCGAAAAAUGUAAAGGUUCACCUUUGGCAGCAAAGGUAUUGGGAGGUCUUCUACGUGAUAAAGGGAAUCCCGAUCAAUGGGAAGCUAUCUUAAGCAACAAAAUGUGGGAUCUUCCAACGGGAGAAAAUGAUGAGGUUAUUCGAGUUUUGAAAUUGAGCUAUGUCCAUCUUCCUUCUUAUUUGAAGAGAUGUUUUGUUUAUUGUGCAAUAUUUCCCAAGGAUUACGAAAUUGAGAGGGAUGAGCUAGUGCACUUAUGGAUAGCGGAGGGUUUUUUGGAUGGAGGAAGAUCAAAGGAUAAUAUCUUGAAAUGGGGACAAGCUCACUUUGAUGAGUUAGUAUCUAAAUCAUUUCUUCAACGAUCAAGUGUCAACGCAUCUAAAUUUUCAAUGCAUGAUAUUUUUAAUGAUCUAGCAAAGUCAAUUGCGGGUGGGACAUGCUUUAACUCUGAGUCUGAGCUGGCAGAUAAUGAAGAUGUUGCAUCUCCCAAGAAAGUUCGUUAUGCAUCAUUCACCUCGUCGUGGUGUGUUUCAUCAAAAUGCAUGGAAGCAUAUCAUCAAAUGAAGCUACUAAGAAGUUUAAUAUUAUCGUCUAAUGGAUCUCCUCAAGGUUACCAAUUCCAGAUUUCCAACAAAGUGUUACAUGACUUGCUAACAAAAUUGAAGUACUUAAGGGGGUUCUCCUUAAGUCAUUGUUCCAUCAUAGAGGUCCCGGAUUGUGUUGGUGAUUUAAAAUAUCUUCGCUAUCUCAAUUUCUCGUACACAUAUAUAAAAAGGCUACCUGAGUCAAUCGGCAGCUUGUGCAAAUUACAAGCUUUGAUCUUAAAAGGUUGUCAACAGCUUUCUUUGUUGCCUCAAGGAAUCACAAAAUUGGUUAGUUUACAGUUUCUUGAUAUUAGAGAUACAAGGAGUUUAAAGGAGAUGCCAUUGAGUAUCAGUAAUUUGAAGAAUCUUAUGAUCUUAUCCAAGUUUGUGGUAGGACCAGACAAAGGGUCACGGUUAAAGGAGUUAAAGAACUUGCCACACCUUCAAGGAGAAUUGUUCAUAUCAGAAUUGCAAAAGGUGGAAGAAGUCAGAGAUGCAAUUGAUGCCGAUUUAAUUGGAAAGAGAGGCCUUAGCAACUUAUUCUUGCACUGGGGUGAAAAUUUUGGAAAUUUGCAGAAUGGGAAGCAUGAAGCACUGGUGCUUCACUAUUUGCGACCUCACAUUAAUCUUGAACAUCUCUCUAUCUCGCACUAUGGUGGUGCAAGAUUCCCCUCAUGGUUAGCUAGUCCAUCUUAUUCUAAGAUAGUUUCUUUAUGCUUACGGGAUUGUCCUAAUGUCACAUUGCUUCCACCACUUGGACAACUACCUUCACUUAGAGAAUUAUCUCUUGAAGGUCUACAUGCAGUAAGCACUAUAGGCCCUGAAUUUUAUGGAGGUAAAAGGCCUUUUUCAUCCUUAACAACUUUGAAGUUGGAAGAGAUGUUGGCAUGGAAGGAUUGGUCUCAUUAUGCUAGGGGUCAAGAAGAAGAUGUCGCAUUCUCUUAUCUUCAACAUCUUGUUGUCCGGGGAUGUCAUUCGUUGGUUGGGACAUUGCCUGGUCAACUUGAUCUUCUCAAGAAGCUAGAAAUUUAUUCAAGCCCGCAUUUGAAUAGCUCAACCAAUGUGGUUUGUCUCCCAUCUCUCUGUGAGUUAUCCCUUGAGGAUUGUAACGAGGAGAUCUUAAAAAUUUUUGUAAACCUAACUUCUUUGACCGUUCUCAAAAUUGAGAAUCUUGUAGAGCUUGUUUGUUUUGAUCAUGGGUUUACGAGCUACUUGGUUAAGCUAAAGGAGCUUUAUAUAGGACGGUGUGACAAGCUAAACUACUUGUGGCAAAAUGGAAAUGAGAUGCAAAAUCUUGCUUGCCUUCAGAGUGUAGUAAUCUAUAGUUGUCCUCAAUUCACAUCUUUUGUGGCUGGAGAUGGAGAAAUGGAGCUAUCCUAUAACCUUGAAAAGAUGGAAUUGAGAAAUUGCAUGAGUUUAGAAAACUUCCAAGCAAGAUGUACACAUUAAGACAUUUGAAUAUUGAAAUUGUCCAAAAAUCAUGGGACUAAUAGUUUCUCAAGAUGACCCCAGCAGCAAUAACUCGAUAUCUCAACUUGAAUUUCUCAACAUAAGUGAAUGUGAUUCUUUGAUUUCAUUUCCAUUUGCUAAGGGUAGACUUGCUUCUCUGAAGAAGCUUACUAUUCGGAAGUGUGAGGGGGUGGAGUCCCUCGAAGAGAUCACAACGGAAUCGCUGGAUUCUUUGGCUAUAAAGAGAUGUGAGAAUUUGGUGAGUCUACCACGAUACCUUCACACGCUCUCCCAUCUCACUCAGUUGAGCCUAGAGGAGUGUCCAACAUUGGAGAUGGAGGACUUCCCUCCCCUUCCCAUCACCCUGGUGAGACUUGAUCUUCGUUUGGUUCCUAAGGUAAAGUCUCUACCACAGGAGUGGCAUCAUCUUACGUCCCUCCGGUGGCUACAAAUUUCAGAGGUGUGAAAAUAUCAAAUGCUUGCCCGAAGGAGGUUUGCCUCCCAAUUUGCAAUGGUUUUAAUUUGGGGGUGCAACAAUAUGAAGCAACCAGUGAGAGAAUGGGGCUUACACAUGCUCACAUCGCUCGAGUUUCUGGGAAUGGACGGAAGCAGCAUGGGAGGGGAGAGAGACAAGGUGUGGUUUCCUUCGGAGGAAGACAAUGAGGAUGCCUGGAGUCUUCUCUUUCCUUCCUCUCUUGUCUCUCUUAUUUUGGGAAAUAUGAUGAACGUGGAAAGACUAUCAAGUGGCCUUCGCAACCAUCUCUCCUCUCUCCAACUGUUAUGGAUUGAAAAUUGCCCGAAAUUGAGGGACUUGCCAAAGGAUGGUCUCCCUCCAUCCCUCCAACGAUUGUAUAUAUGUGAUUGCAAGGUUCUAAAAAAUCGAUGCUCAAAACACACCGGCGACUAUUGGCCCCUCAUCCAAGAGAUCCCGGACAUCGAGAUUGAUUUCCUUCGGAUCCAAUGAAUUGAUUCGUCCUAGUACGGUCAGGUUUUCUAGGGUUCGGGUAAGUUUAUGGUUUUGAAGGCAUCGAUUUCCCAUUCUGCUUCCUCAACUCGAUGCUCAACACAAAUCGAUACUUUCCCGUGGAGAUGCUCCGCAUGAAUUUCCGGAAAUCCAAGAAAUCCUCAACAUCGGCAUCGAUUGGGUUCUCAGAGCCGAUGAAGUGAAAUCGAUCCACUUUCGCCGUCAUUUGCUAAUUGCCGCGAUUCAAUCCCUUCCACCUACGGUCGGAGUUCUAAGGGUUCGGACGUUUGCUUCUCGGGUUGUAGCACGACUGAAAUUCAGAGCUGAAAAAUUGAUAAUUAGCUGCUUGAAUAUCCAGCAAGAGCUUCCUUUAGUCUCCGAUUGCACUGGCUUGCGAAAGUUGAUGAUGAUGAUGAUGAUAUUCUUGUAUGCCACAGCUGCAUCCAUGUCCACUAUUGCCUUGGGCUGGCUUUUCUCUUUAGCCACCGCAAAGCUCUUUCAAACGGCAAGUAAUUCAGCCUCCUCUGCGGGCAACCAUCUCCCCUGUUUCAGUUCUAGCCUCAAUCCCAACAAUUUUUGUUCAUAUAUGGAUGCAAGAUUUUGAAAAAUCGAGAUGUUUGAAUGUCACCGGCAACUAUUGGCCCCUCAUCCAAGAGAUCUCUUUCAUCAGCAUUGAUAGCUUUCAGACGCAAUGAAGUAAAAUCAAUCAUGUCCGAGCCAUGAUAAAAGAUUUGUCUCCGUUGACUGCUUUUUAUUAAUCAGGAUUUGGAUGCAGUUGAGGCACUCAUUCAAGGUCUGGUCUUGUUCCAAGGAGGAAUUCUGAUGGUUAGUCAUGAUGAGCAUCUAAUAUCUGGAAACGUGGACGAGCUCUGGGUGAUUUCUCAAGGCAAGGUGGCGCCUUUCCAUGGGAAUUUCCAGGAUCAUAAGAAGAUACUUCAGUCCUCAUUGAAUCAGGCGAGUUUAGCUCUUGUCAUCAACCAAGAGUGUUUCAACAGGAUCACAUCACAUCACCUUACAAAACAUAAAAUGAGGCUUUGUUACAGAGAGAAAGCAAAAAGGGAUGAAGAGAGGAUUGCUGCUGAUAUACAGGAUGUACUCACGGUUACAGCAGCCCCUGUUUGUCAUUUUGAUUAGGGCGGAUGAGUCUUAAGUUUUUGACAUUGAAUAUGCAGUAUCAUUUGCCAGUAGCUCAAAAAACUGAGUAUGGAUUGCGGUCCUGGUAAUAAUUUAUGACCCUUUGCCCAUUUUUAUCUUAGCAACAGGUUCGUUUGUUGUGCCCUUGGAAGUUUGACAUGGAAGUGCUUUUUUUUCUGCAUUAAUAUUAACUUUCAUUUUCUUCUUUUUUGUCCUUUUUUUUUAAUCCUAAACUCUCGAAACUUUCGCACAAAUGCACAAUGUUGACAUAUGAAUUCACAUAUUUAUUUUCCAUAUAUAUAUAUUUUAAAUUUGGAUAAGGUUGUUAAUUUUGACACGAAAAGAAAAGCUUCUUUUACUUGAACUUAACUCUAGACAACCGAGUCCUUUGAUUUGCCGGAGCAACCUAGGGGAUAAUUCUUUUAUCAUGUGCUACAUGUUAUAUUCUUUUAUUCUUUUACAACAUGCCACCUUUGUAUUUCUUUGCAUUUUCCCAGCAUCUUCUUCCUUGUGCCCUUAGCUCAUUCACUGCGGUUGUUUUACAGAUACCAUGGUGAUCUGUAUUGGCAAAAUCUCUUGGGAGGAUCACGUGCGAAUGUUGCCGAGGGUUGCUCACUGUUGUGGAUGACAUCUUCUGCUCAUUUCAAGCACACCCAGAGGGUGUUGCUCUUCUCAAGCAGCAAUAUGGAUUGAACGAGACCACCAAUGAGGUCAUUGCUGUCAUAGAAGCUCAUAGAACUCCGAGAGAUCGGAGGCCUUAUGCUGCCGAUCGAGUUAUGAAAGACAUCACUGGAAAGUUUGCGUUUGUGCUCUUGGACAGCCCUCCAGAAACCACUUUUCUGGCUGCUGAUGUUGGUGGAAGUGUCCCUUUCUUCUGGGGAAGUGAUUGUGAAGGCAAUCUUGUUCCCUCGGACGAUGCAGGAGUCAUAAACAAGGGCUGUGGGAAAUUGUUGCACCAUUCCCUAAAG